UCUUGGAGGGCAGCGCUCGCGCCGAGAUGUCGCUGUCUGUGUCGGCCGGAGUCCGGCGGAUCGCGGUGAGCUUGGGCGCCCUGGUCGUCGCGGCGAGCGUCCUGCAAGGCACCUUCGGCAAGCUGAGGUCCUGGUACGGGCGGCAGGAGCCGCUGGUUGUCGCCAGGUGCGAGAUUCGGUGCUGGAACGAGGACGAAAGAAAUUUGUGCGUUAAGAAUUGUCUACAACAAGGGCUCGAAAAACCUGGUAGUUGUCCUACUAAGGACAUUUCUCCAUUCACACAGGUUUGCAUACAGUCCUGCGAAAAGGACUCACAAUGUUCAGGAGUGUUGAAGUGCUGCCAACAUAGCUGCGGGGUUACUUGUCAAACACCUGUGAAUUUGGACUUCGUAAUAGGAUUGCCAAAUACACCGCGAGAACCAAGAGUGGUCGAAGGCCGUCGCAAGCGAACAGUCCACAUAGAAUGGUCUUCAUUAGACGAAGCUUACACCAACCCCGCAGAAGCCAAACUGCUCUAUCUCAUUGAAGAACGCCACCACCUCGGUAAAUAUUUCAAUUCUAAUCUUCUGACGGAUUGGAGCGCGUGUUCAAAGUCAUUAAAGAAAAACCGUCUGUUGAAGCAUCUUGUGAAACCCGGAAGGUGGUACCAAUUCAGGGUAGCGGCGAUCAACGAAAACGGAACGAGAGGUUAUUCGGAAAGUUCGUUACCGUUUAGGAUAACAGCAAGUCCUAAACCGCCGAAGGCUCCUCAAAAUGUCACUGUGGGGCCUUUGAUAAAAUUCAAUGGGACUCUGCACGCUCUGCUGAAAUGGUCACCUCCGGAAUCUGAUCUUCCCAUACAAAAAUACAAGGUGUUCUGGAGCAGAAGGCUGCACGGAGCUAAAGCUUUGGAUUCUGUACUAGUGCAUCAGCAAAUCCUGCCUAAGGAUGCGACGGAAUUUCUGCUGCAAGACCUCCAACCUAAAUCCCAGUAUUUCUUGCAAGUGCAGGGAUUCCUGCAGUACGGCAAAGAGCGGCUCAAAGGGGAAAAAUCGGGUUUAGUUCUAAACACCACGGAUUUCAUCAGCGAAAAUGACAACACCUUAACAAUGAAUCAAUGGAAUAGUAACAAAAUCAACGGAUUGAGACUUUUAAAGCUGAUGUACAACAGGGGAAGUUUAAAAGCGAGAUUGGUGUGGAAACCUUCCACUCCAUUAUCCAAAUACACAGUCACUUGCUGGUCGAAUCCGUGCGAUGGGAAAAUGAACGCAUUUAAACAUUUCAAAUUCGUCGCUGUAACAAAGAGCGCGCACUUUGAUUUGGUAGAUUUGCAAUUCAAUUACCGGUACAAAGUGAGCGUGAAGAAACUGAUACCGAAUGGAAGGAAGGCCACUGAAAAUACUUUUGUGACGUUCUCUACGCCCAAGUGCAGCAAUUUCAAACGGAACUACAGGAAGUUAAAGUGUUAAUUUUUGUUAGUUUUUAAAGGAAUACUUUUUGUGAUAAUUGUGGAGUUUUUUAAUAAGAUAAUUAUUCAUCUGAAGUUUUCCUUUUUGAUUAUUUACCUGAAUAGCGUGAAUAUAAGCUAGAUAUAUGGGAAAGUGCAAAUUUGUUUGCAAUGUUGGUCAAUUCUAUGA